CGCACCGAAGUAUAAAAAGAAAGAAGGGACACGCAGCAGCCUGUCUUUUCUUCACAACUCAUUCUCUCUUCCUCAUCCUCUUCCUCAUCAACCCACCUCUCUCACUCUCCAUCCCUAGCUGAAUCAAUAAACAUGGGCGUCGAAAUCGAGCGUAUCACCCCCGGCGACGGCGUCAACUUCCCCAAGGUUGGCGACAGCGUUACCAUGCACUACGUCGGAACUUUGACCGAUGGAUCCAAGUUCGACUCCUCGCGCGACCGUAACGAUCCCUUCAGGACUCGGAUCGGUGUCGGCCAGGUCAUCAAGGGCUGGGACGAGGGUGUUCCUCAGCUGUCCGUCGGUGAGAAGGCGAUUCUGAAGAUCUCGUCCGACUAUGGUUAUGGUUCCCGUGGAUACCCCCCAGUCAUUCCCCCCAACGCUACCUUGAUCUUUGAGGUUGAGUUGCUCAAGAUCAACUAAGGACGACGGGAGGGACAGCCCAGUCAACGUCCUCCGGUCGUUAUUCCCCAGUCUUUUGCAGUUUAUUCAAGUAUUCGACGUGUAAAUAAAAAAAAAAAGAGUCCGUUGACCGAAAUGACACC